GUUCUAGUUAUCAGUUGAAUCCAGCUCAACGUUCAGCACACACUCGCGUCUGCAAAAGAAAUCUAAGAAAUCCCGAAAACCAAACAAUGGCAUUCUUCAAAUCCCUGAUCUGCCUGGCCGUCCUGAGCGCCGCCUCCGCCGGAGUCCUCCACGGACAUGGAGCUGGUCUCUACGCCGCCGCCCCGGCCAUCUACGCCGGCCAUGGACACCACGACGAGGGAAUUGACUACCAUGCCUACCCCAAGUACCACUACAACUACGGAGUGGCUGACUCCCACACCGGCGAUGUGAAGUCCCAGCACGAGGUGCGCGAUGGCGAUGUGGUGAAGGGAUCCUACUCCCUGGUGGAGCCCGAUGGUUCGGUGCGCACCGUGGAGUACACCGCCGAUGACCACAACGGCUUCAACGCCGUGGUCCACAAGACCGGCCCCACUGUGCACCAUGCCGCUCCCGCUGUGGUGGCCCAUGCCGCUCCCGCCGUGGUGGCCCAUGCCGCUCCCCAGCUGUCCUACGCCCCGGCCAUUGCCCACCAUGUGGCCGCCGCCCCCGCCGUGCCCUAUGCCGGCUCCCUGGCGCAUCAUGCCGCCGUGCCCGCCUACGGCUAUGCCACCCACAACGCCCACGCGCAUGUGGCCCACUACUAAGGAUUGGAAAUGACACCCAGGAAGCACCACUAAAUGCACCACCACCUCCUCACCACUCUUCUGUAAUUUAUUAAGCACGUUGACGACCUCACAAACGGAUGAUCUGAUCGAUCCACUGACGAAGCCUGCUAAAAUACUCAGUUACCCAGUCAUGUUCAUCGCAUAUCCUGCAAGGGGAAUCCCCUUCGGCAUCUGUCUUCCUCACUCUCUCACACACACACACAUUGCCGUCUCUGUCUCAGCUUUCGCGCAAUUCUCUCUUUUGUUUGUUAUCCAAGCUUCUCUUUUAUAUUGUACAUACCGAAAAAAGGAAGAAAACGAGUGAAGAACAAACGCCCAUCAUGCCAACCAACCUGAAAAAGAUGAAGAAAAACGAACAAAAUGUAAAAAAAUAAUAAAACAGCACAUGUAUUAUAAUAA